CUAUAUUCUGAUCUCAACUGCCCACUCAGCACACUCAAUUCUACGUCGUCUUCCUCACAAGAAAUCACACAAGAACCCUAAUCUCUCUGAAUUCUUUCUCAGAAAAAAAAGAAGGUUGGAGGCGAAAUGUCCAUUUCAAGAAAUUGAAAGCUAAAUGCUCUUCACCGGUAUUCUACGAAGCAUAUCUGGAGAUGAUUGAAGCACAAGGACUCUCGGAAUUUCUUCAUCUGGAGAUUCUCUCCAAAUAUGAAGAAGAGGUUCUGGAAUUCUACAGAAAUGGAAAAAUCAAGAUUGUCCAAUCCAAGAAGAAUCCAGAAAGGUCGAUUCAAAUUAUUAAAUCAACUGUUGGAGGCACAGAGGUGAAGAUUUCGCAGAAGAAGUUGCGAACUAAACUCCAUCUUCCAAAUUCUGUAAUUGAUAUUGGGAAGCUCUCACCCAAUGCUCUGGAUUGGAGCAAAAUUGGGAAUUUUGGAGAAGCUCCCACUGGCGCAACCAAGAAAGCAGACUUGAAGAAUGACUACUGGAGGACAUGCAAGCCUAGGCAGAAAUUCCUCUGUCAAGGAUUAUACGUUGGGCAUAUACUGGAGUCUAUGGACAUUGCCUCUGAAGGCAAGAAAUAUGAAGCUAGAUAUUGGUUGUACUACUUGUCAACCAAAGGAGAAAACAGAGCCAGCUCUGUUGCUGAAGAAGAAGGAUCUUCAAAUGAAAAGCACAAGAAGACCUGGAAGCUGAAGCAGAGAAUUUCUCAAUUUUUUCCAAAAACCUCCCUUGCCUUUGAAACUGUUCUUGUUGGAGCAAACCAGGAGAAUGCAGCCACUCCCCAGCAUGAAGAACAGAUUCAAGCAGCAGCAGAAGAAGAAGAAAUUUUGCAUUCCCUCAAAUUACAAGUUCAAGAGAUCCUCACAACCACUUGUGAGAUCUCCAAUCAGGCUGAACUUGAAAUUCCGGAAAAGUCAGCAGAAUAUCUGGAGAAGUCCACUCCUCCAGAUGCAGAAGAAGAAGCUCAAGAAGAACCAGAAGUGGAAGCACAAAGGAGCUUUGAAGAAGCUGCUGAAGAUGCUCAGAUAGCUAGACUGGAGGCUACUGAAACUCCAGUUGCUAUCUUUGAGCAACAAAAUGCUGAAGUAGUAAGAGAUUCAAUUUCUCAGGAGAUCUCAGACUACAGGGAUGAAGAAGCUGAGGAAGAGUCAGUAAAGACUCUGAAAAUCAAUAAAGAAGAUGCUGAAGAAGGAGAAGAAGCUGAAUCUCUCCCUCUGCAAUUCUAUCACAGUGUACCUUCAUCCACUCAGGUAACAAACUUCCACUUUCACAGCUCUUCCAUAUCUACUAUUCCGGAUGAGAUGCCGGAAUCCUAGACCAGGAAGGAUAAAUUCACCUCUAGAUUAACUUGGGGUUGAACUCUAGUAUUUCAUCAAGAUAUUACACACUCAAUCAAAUAACUAGAACCUAAAACUCACACUCAAGAGAACCACUCUUAAGAUAUAGAAUUAGGAAUUUGGCUAAAAUAGCAUCACACUAUUUUAAGAGAAUACUCAAAAGAGUAAACAAAGUUUUCAUUU